ACGGGUCAGGCAGGCACCAGUCCACCACACCCAUCAUGGGACACAAGGUUCUUCUCUUAGCUGCCGCAGCGGCCGUCGUGCUCGCCGACAAGCCUGUGUACAGGCCCCCGGCAACUUCCUACGCCCCGCCCUCCAGCAGCGAGAGUCGUGAGGUUCAGUUUCCCCCCAAAUACAAAUUCCACUACACGGUGAAGGACGAGAGAGGCAACGACUACGGCCACGAGGAGUCUCGGGAUGGAGACAUCACCAAGGGAACCUACUUUGUGCUGCUCCCUGACACUCGCAAACAAACCGUGGAUUACCUCGUGGAAGGCAAGUCUGGUUUCCUGGCUGAAGUGACUUACGACGGGGAGGCAAAGUACCCAGACAGCGCCAGUGCUUCCAGGGAGUCCUACACGCCACCCAGGAAGACUUUCAGACCCGUAUCAUCCGAAGAAAGCUCAGAAUCAGCCAGUAUUGAAAGACCAGUUUUCAGACCAAUUGUGACCUACAAGCCUCCAGUGACUUCCAGACCAAGGCCAGUGGUUACCUACAGGGCUCCCGCAACCUUCAAGCCCAGACCACGACCAACACCCAAACCCGAGCCAAUAAAGACUGAAGCUCCCAAACCCAAGCCGAGCCCCAAGCCCGUACCGCCCAAAACCGAAGCACCGAAGACCGAGGCACCACAAACAGAAGCGCCCAAGACUGAAGCACCCAAGACUGAAACACCCAAGACUGAAGCACCCAAAACUGAAGCACCUAAAACUGAAGCACCGAAGACCGAGGCACCCAAAUCUGAAGCACCAAAAACCGAAGCACCGAAGACUGAAGCACCAAAAACUGAAGCACCCAAAAGCGAGCCAUCCGAACCCGAAACCGAAUCGGCCACUUUCCUACCAAGCCCGAACCCAGAGGAGCCCAUUAGAACUUACAUUGCUCCCUGUCUUCUCUCAGCCAUCAUGGGCAGAGAGGUGGUUCUAGCAUUGGCCGCAUUGGUGGUCGUCGCCUCUGGUCAAUGGCAGGGCAAAUACAACCACCACCCGGGCCAUCCAGUCCCUCCCCAUCAUGAUCCCCAUCACCCAGGCUAUCCCGUCCCUCCCUUUCAUCAUCCCGACCACCCGGGCCAUCCAGUCCCUCCCCACCAUGAUCCCCACCACCCGGGCUAUCCAGUUCCUCCCUUUCAUCAUCCCGACCACCAUCCAGGCCAUCCAGUUCCAUCCAGUGAUGAGGUCCAGCAUGGACCUCAUCACCCAGGCCAUCACGAUCCCCAUCAUCCAGGCCACCAGGACCACCACGGACCUCACCACAAGGUUCCUCCUAAAUACGAGUUUUACUACAAGGUGAGAGACGACAAGGGCAUUGAACACGGCCACCACGAGGCUCGGGACGGAGACCAUACUCAAGGGUCGUAUUCCGUGGUACUGCCUGACACCCGCAAACAGACGGUGGACUACAAAGUGCAUGGCAACUCAGGCUUUCUUGCCAACUUGUCCUACGAUGGAGAAAAAAUACCUGAAAUAGGGUCUCCUGUGGUAAGGCCUCAUGGGUCACACCACUGGCAACACCCAACCACAACCAAGCCAGGCCACUGGUCGCACCCCAUAACACCCAAGCCACACUCAAGUCACUGGACCCACCCGGUAACCCACAAGCCUCAUCAUACCCACUGGCAGCACCCAACCCACAAGCCCCAUCCUCCUCACCCACCCCACCCAACACACCCACCCCACCCAACCCACAAGCCCCAUCCUCCUCACCCACCCCACCCAACACACCCACCCCACCCAACCCACAAGCCCCAUCCUCCUCACCCACCCCACCCAACACACCCACCCCACCCAACCCACAAGCCAACCCAUCCUCCCCACCCAACCCACAAGCCAACCCACCCACCCAACCCAACCCAUCCUCCCCACCCAACCCACAAACCUUAUCCUCCUCAUCCACCCCACCCAACCCACCCACCCCACCCAACCCAUAAGCCAACCCACCCUCCCCACCCAACCCACAAGCCAACCCACCCACCCCACCCAACCCACCCUCCCCACCCAACCCACAAACCUUAUCCUCCACAUCCACCCCACCCAACCCACCCACCCCACCCAACCCAUAAGCCAACCCACCCUCCCCACCCAACCCACAAGCCAACCCACCCACCCCACCCAACCCACCCUCCCCACCCAACCCACAAACCUUAUCCUCCUCAUCCACCCCACCCAACCCACAAGCCCUAUCCUCCACACCCACCACACCCAACUCACCCACCCCACCCAACCCACAAGCCAACCCAUCCACCCCACCCAACCCAUCCUCCCCACCCAACCCACAAGCCAACCCAUCCUCCCCACCCAACCCACAAGCCCUAUCCUCCUCAUCCACCCCACCCAACCCACCCUCCCCACCCAACCCACAAACCAACCCACAAGCCCCACCCAACCCACCCUCCCCACCCAACCCACAAGCCCUAUCCUCCUCAUCCACCCCACCCAACUCACCCACCCCACCCAACUCAUAAGCCAACCCAUCCACCCCACCCAACCCAUCCUCCCCACCCAACCCACAAGCCAACCCACCCACCCCACCCAACCCAUAAGCCAACCCACCCACCUCACCCAACCCACCCUCCUCACCCAACCCACAAGCCAACCCACCCACCCCACCCAACCCACAAACCCUAUCCUCCUCAUCCACCCCACCCAACCCACCCUCCCCACCCAACUCACAAGCCCUAUCCUCCUCAUCCACCCCACCCAACUCACCCACCCCACCCAACCCACAAGCCGACCCACCCUCCCCACCCAACCCAUAAGCCAACCCACCCACCCUACCCAACCCAUCCUCCCCACCCAACCCAUAAGCCAACCCACCCACCCCACCCAACCCAUCCACCCCACCCAACCCACAAGCCGACCCACCCUCCCCACCCAACCCAUAAGCCAACCCACCCACUCCACCCAACCCACCCUCCCCACCCAACCCACAAACCAACCCACCCACCCCACCCAACCCAUAAGCCAACCCAUCCACCCCACCCAACCCACCCUCCUCACCCAACCCAUAAGCCAACACACCCACCCCACCCAACCCACAAGCCCCAUCCUCCUCAUCCACCACACCCAACACACCCACCACACCCAACCCACAAACCAACCCACCCACCCCACCCAACCCACAAACCCUAUCCUCCACAUCCACCCCACCCAACGCACCCUCCCCACCCAACCCACAAACCAACCCACCCACCCCACCCAACCCACCCUCCCCACCCGACCCACAAGCCAACCCAUCCACCCCACCCAACCCACCCACCCCACCCAACUCACAAGCCAACCCACCCUCCCCACCCAACCCAUAAGCCAACCCACCCACCCCACCCAACCCACUCCACAACCCCCAAACCCCACACCACAACCCCCAAACACCACACCACAACCCCCAAACACCACACCACAACUCCUAAGCACCACACCACAACCCCCAAACACCACACCACAACCCCCAAACACCACACCACAACCCCCAAACACCACACCACAACCCCCAAACACCACACCACAACCCCCAAACACCACACCACAACCCCCGAACCCCACACCACAACUCCUAAACACCACACCACAACUCCUAAACACCACACCACAACCCCCAAACACCACACCACAACCCCCAAACACCACACCACAACUCCUAAACACCACACCACAACUCCUAAACACCACACCACAACCCCCAAACACCACACCACAACCCCCAAACACCACACCACAACCCCCAAACACCACACCACAACCCCCAAACAUCACACCACAACCCCCGAACCCCACACCACAACCCCCAAACACCACACCACAACCCCCAAACACCACACCACAACCCCCAAACACCACACCACAACUCCUAAGCACCACACCACAACCCCCAAACACCACACCACAACCCCCAAACACCACACCACAACCCCCAAACACCACACCACAACCCCCGAACCCCACACCACAACUCCUAAACACCACACCACAACCCCCAAGCACCACACCACAACCCCCAAACCCCACACCACAACCCCCAAACACCACACCACAACCCCCAAACACCACACCACAACUCCUAAACACCACACCACAACCCCCGAACCCCACACCACAACUCCUAAACACCACACCACAACUCCUAAACACCACACCACAACUCCUAAACACCACACCACAACUCCUAAACACCACACCACAACCCCCAAACACAACACCACAACCCCCAUACCCCACUCCACAACCCCCAAGCAUCACUCCUCCACCCAUACACACCCCCCCCACCACCACAGAGAUCACCACCACUACCAGCUACAAGGUAUCACAUAUUCAAUUUGAAAAGGAUUUAAAGUCCAAGGUUCCUUUCCACAGGUUCUCAAAUAGCGGAUGAUGAUAAAAAAUUCAACCUUGACCGACUGGAAUGCACGUGACUGUCUCGACGCGCAACUGUCUCACCCUCCGGCACCAGACUGCACUUACCCGAUGACGUGUCUGGAAGUCUCCUCACCCGUGCAAUUGUGUAAUGCGGCAAUGAAGCCAUUACUGCUUCUGAGAUUACUGGUUGCACGCUUUCCUUCCUUUUUGGGUGAAAAGAUGGAUUCAUUUUUUCUUCCUAUUGAAAAGAUGAACAUGUCUUUUCUUUUUUCUGUAGAAGAGAUUGAUAUUUCAUGUCCUUUUAUCGAACGAAGAAAUGGAUAAGCUUCUUUCCUGUUCUUUAGACCGAGUAUGAGUUGUCGAUAAGGGUUAUUCCCGUCACCUUCCAGCUUUCCCUGAGUGUCCCGAUAACUAUAGCGUAAAAAUACUUAUAGUAGUGAUAGUCACUCGCACUAUAGAGGCUCAUCAAAUGCUAUACUUUCACUCCCAGUCAUGUGUAUGUGUAUAUUAUUAGUUUAACGACUACGUGUACGUGCAGCUGUCCAAAGUAAUGAUGUCAUAUUACACAAAAUGCUUCCGACAUAAAAAUUCAUUAACAGAAAGCUGCCAACAACUACCACGCGUCUAAUUCUUCUUGGCCAUUGAGGAGUUCUUAAACCAGUUCAUUAGUCCACGUAUUAAUUUCUGUUCGAUUUAUCACAUGAAAUUCGCUAGACCGAGACAUCAGUACUUUGGGCAACUGUCAAUUUCCAGCCACGAGUACUUUGGGCAACUGUCAAUUUCCAGCCACAAGUACUUAGAGCAGCUCUCAAUUUCCAGCCAGAAUUGAUGCCACGGACUUCAAAACAAUUACGCAGCAAAGGAAAAGAAAAAAAUAUAUUAUAUACUGCCUAAUGACCAAAACCUAAAAAAAAAAAAAAAUAAGUAAAUAAAUAAAUAAAAUCCGUGACAUGACUUCAGGUCUGCGCUUCAGAGUUUCUCACAUGAUAUUUUCCAUGCAGUGUUUUCUGCGAUCCACUUCACAUGUUCCUUGCAUCAGCAUUACUACUCGAAGCUUCCCAUAAUGCAAAGGUGAGGUUAGAAUUUUUGCCUCACCAGUAUAGAAGAUAAUAUGAUGAUGUAGAAUGUAAAACUGAAACUAAAGAAAAAUAGUAUUGGAGUAUUGCCUUGACAUAAAAUAGGGUGGUAAAAUACAACAACACUUUAUUACACCUUACUUUAUAAACUACCUUAUUGCAUCUUUCCAACCCUUACCAUCGUACAUCGCUAUACCUUAAACUAUGCUAAUCCUUAUCAUCCCAAAUUACAUUAGACUUUAUUAUACUCCUACUUUACAAUGCAUUAAUAUACGCAGGUUAUUAAAUUGUCAUAUUUUCGGAUAUGUUAUAUGCUAACUUUACUUUCGUACAUUACUAUGCCUAACUGUACUAAAUUUCAUUGUAAUAAAGUAACAUACUAAACCUUA